AUGAAUCGAGUUACCAAGCCAGGUGGUAAAAUUUUAUUAUUGGAACAUGGAAAAUCAAACAAAUAUCAAUGGUUGACAAAUUACUUGGAUGCUUGGAGUAUUGAACGUGCUAAAAAGUGGGGCUGUUGGUGGAAUAGAGAUAUUGAGUCCAUUGUUAAAGAAUCUGGUUUGCAUGUCGUGAAAAAAGAGGUGCAUCAAUUAGGAACAUGUUAUUACUACAUUGCUCAAAAGAGAGUGAACAAUAAUAAUACUUAA